UCUCGCGCCUAGUCAGCGAAAUGUUUUUGGAGAAGUGGGUUUAGCAAAAGGAACAGUAGAGAAGGACGUGAAAAAUCACAGCCCAGCCAAGAGAAAGCAUCACGCCGUAUCACAGCAUGCACCUGAAGAUAUGUCCUCGGCUUGAAGAAAUGGAAACAAACAGGUUGACACCUGCUUGCACGAGCAGCAUCUUUGUGGCGUUUUCCUGAAUGCUGCAUAUCUCAGCAGGAGAUGUCUCUUUGCUGAAUUCCUCUCCCGCCGGUCUUUACCUCUAAGUGUGAUGCAGCGGCGUCUGAUGAGAAGACAGUCAGCCCGGUGCUGCUGUUCCUACAGCACCCUGAAGGCCUGGUUGCCCAUCCUCUCAUGGCUGCCAAAGUACAACCUGAAAUGGCUAAAGAUGGACGUCCUUGCGGGUCUCACUGUUGGAUUGACGACUGUACCACAAGCGCUGGCUUAUGCUGAAGUGGCCGGCCUUCCUGUGCAGUUCGGACUCUACUCGGCCUUCAUGGGGGGGUUCAUCUACACCUUUCUGGGAACCUCCAAGGAUGUGACCCUGGGCCCCACGGCCAUCAUGUCCCUCUUAUGCUUCUCUGUGGUGGGAGGGCAGCCUCACCGAGCCGUGCUGCUCAGCCUCCUCUGUGGACUCAUCCAAGCUGUGAUGGCGUUACUGAGAUUAGGUGAAAUGAGUGCUCCCGAAGUCAUGUGGAAAGCUUGUGAUUUCAGUUUUGGGCUUUUCCUGAAAAACUUUCCAAAAAAUAUUCUGGGAAUCCAGGGUGUCCCUCAGCAGUUUUUCCUGGAGGUUUACUACACCUUCCACAAGAUCCCUGAGGCCAGGAUCGGUGAUGUGGUUCUUGGUCUGAUUUGUCUCGCUCUGCUGGUCAUGUUGAUGUUCAUGAAGUCGAGUCUAACCUCUGACAAUGACUCCACCUGCUCCAUGUAUGCCAGGAAAGUAGUGUGGGCUGUAGCUACCAUGCGAAACGCUGCAGUGGUCAUCGUUGCAUCCCUCUUAGCAUUUUCCUGGGAGGUGUAUGGUAAUCACGUCUUCACAAUCACUGGAAAAACUACCCGCGGACUGCCACCAUUCAGGCCUCCACCCACCUCUGACACUACAGCCAACGGCACCGUCGUUUCCUUUGGAGAGAUUGUGAAGGACUUUGGAGGAGGGCUAGCGGUGAUCCCCUUCAUGGGCCUGUUGGAGAGCAUUGCUAUUGCAAAAGCAUUUGAGCUGGACCUUCUCCCCUUUUUUGUGACGUUCCUGAUGAGUUUCUGGGAGGUGCAGUACGGCAUCGUAGGAGGUAUAGCUGUGUCUGGAGCCCUGCUGCUCUACAGUAUGGCCAGACCCCAGAUAGAGGUGACUGAUCAAGGCGUGUUGGUGAUGGAGUUGAGCAGUGGCCUCACUUUUCCUGCCACCGAGUAUCUCAGCCACAUCAUACACACUCGGGCUCUGCAGGUGUCUCCACCACGGUCUGUGGUGCUGGACUGCUCUCACGUCAGCGUCAUCGAUUACACAGUGAUCAGUGAGCUCAGGGACCUGCUGAGGCAGUUCAAACUCAGAGAAGUGCAUCUGAUCUUUGCCGGAUUGCAGCCCUCUAUUCUGAAGGUUCUCCUAGCAGCUGAUCUGGAGGGCCUCAGGCACAAUCACAGCGUGGACGAGGCACUGCAGAUGGAGUCGAGGAACCUUCUUGAUGACUAACACAAAAACUAUCCAGUUACAGCCUGGAGAGAUGCCCCUAAUCUGGAAUUAUAAGGCUUUUAAGACCUCAAAAAAUCUAUAAACUACCUCCAGCGAGUAAUUUCUCUGCAGUUUGCAGCGACUGCCACUGACCAAGUGAAGAAAUAAGGAAAUCUGUUAGGUUUACAAACACUGUCCACUGCACAACAACUUUGGAGCACAAGUUUAAUAUAAUGUCUGUAAAUG